ACUGAAAGGGGGCCCCAUUAUUCGAAUUGUCCCGUUGACGCGACUGCCUACGUUGCCGGAUGUACCGCGGGCGUGGUCGCUGUUCGCAAUCAAUUUUACCAAAGAGAGAAGGUGAAUUACAUGCCCACCGCAGCACAUAACCUAUGAAAAAGCGACAACCAACGUCAACAACAACAACAACCCUCUUUGGUAACCAGUGGAACGACCACAAAAGUCGCCCCCCUAGUGCGUUUCAGAUGCUCAACCAGCCUCAGGCGAUGUGGUUCGAAUUGGGGCUGGACGCGCGGCCCGAGACCAGCCUCAAGAUGCAGCUGUACGAAAACGUGCGCAACGCCCGGGAGCUGCGGGCCCUGCUGAUGGGCGGCCAGCUGCAGUGCUGCCUCAUCAAGCCGCAGCUGAUUGUGGCGCCGCUGCAGGUGGCAGUGGCAGCGAACAAGGCGCUGAGCAGCAGCCGCAAGCGGACGACCAAAGGCCCCUUCACCGAGAUCCUGUUCAACCUGUCGCCCUCCACCAACAUCAGCCAGAGCUUGGUGAAGUUCGGCAUCGAAGACGGCAGCGACAGUGUGCUGGUGGCGGCCCUGCGGGGCCCCGGCUUCGAGGACGCGGACGAGGCCUUUGCCCGGGUGCAGGGCUGCGCCGUCCACAUUUCGCAGCUGGCCGGGCUCAGCGACGUGGCGGCGAUCAGAAAAACGUACAAAAUCGGCGACGUUGAGCAUCAGAGCGUCGCGCUUUUGGACUCGGUUGUCAGCAGAAUAGCCAGUAAAGAGUAGCGAGUGAGA